AUGAAGGAAUAUGAAAGCAGAGCACAGCAGGCCCAGGAGGCUCCCGGCACCGGGAGGAGCGCUGGACACAUCACAACCACCGACAGCCCGACCCUGCCUACGGCAGCGGGACACCUGCCGCCCAGCCAGCCCCAGGCCGCGCCCCGAGGCCGCUCUCGUGCGGCGCUGUCUCCCCGCGCCGCCCAAGCCCCGGCGGCGGCGGUUGGGCCCUUGUGCGGCGUCCGGGCGCGGGUCCCGCCGCCCCUCCCCAGGAGCCGUUCCCGGCGAGAAGAAGCCGCCUGCGGAGGCACCAACCCCCAGCGGGGCACCGGCGACAGCACCGUCUUCCGCGGCCGCGUUCCGCCCGCUCCCGACGAAGCGAGAAGAGCCCCAGGAUCCUCCGGUCGGCCGCCGCGGAGAGGGCUCGCUGUCGUCCCCGCGCUGCAGCCGCGCCUCGGCCUCCCGCCCCCAACCCGCCGCGGCACAACCGACCUACCUGCGGCGAGAAGGCGGCGGCGGCAGCGCCCCGAGCCCGGGCGUGGACGCACGAAGCUCGGCUCGGCCCCGCCCACGCAGCGACAACCGCCGCGGCCCUCCGCGAUGCCGGCAGCGGCUCCUCGGUCCCUCCGCCAGCGCCCGCCGCCGCCGCCACGGGCCUCUCAGUUCGGCGCCGCCAUUUUGUCGGUGUCUCCGCCGCGGAGGGCUUCCCGGAUAUGGGCAGCUCCCAGCCUGCCCUGCGCGCACAGCGCUCCCCCCGCAGCCCCGACCCGGAUGGAGCCCGGCAGCGCACGGAGCCUCCCCCGCCAGGCUGCGGGCGCCGCUGCUUCCUUCGAGGGAUAAAUACCGAUUUUCUAAGGGGAAAAAAGGCUCUGUCGGGCCUCCGUGAUCCAAUUAACGCCUGAAGGAAGGACCCCUUGCGGACCGGCGUGCCCAAGUUACCAGGGAGGAAAACCCAUCACUUAUCCCUCGGAGAUGCAGCUCGACCGUUUCUCUUCUCAGGCAGAACGUUCCAUUUCGAAGUAAAUUCUUCUUGGCAACUCCGUGCGCUGCUUCCUGAAGAGAGGAGAGCCCUGGCCCCGGCAGGGAUCCAGAGCAGAUACUUACUUUCUGCCUCAUGAGCAUUUAGCAGGGACACUGGCAUAGUACCCUGCCUGAUGUCCCAUAUACUCAGCAUCCCAUCCUGGCCCCCCGUGGCCACAAUGUGCUGCUGAUUGGGAUGCCUGUCCACACAGUGCAGAGGAACUCUGUCACCUGUC